GUUCAGGACUUUUCAAUCGUAGACAGAUUCAAACGAAUAGCAAUUUUUUGAGAUAAACAUUUAUACAAAUAAAACAUUUACAUUUUUGAAGCGCGCUGACAAUCAUACGUGGUAUACUGUUAUCAGUAUGACGCAAUGGUCAUACGAGUAGUCGCGCGGUUUAACCUCAAUUUUAGUAAUAGAUGCAACAGUUUAUCGAGAGAUGUUUGAUCGAAUAAGAAGCAAUUUAUACGGAAAUCGCGGGUAUGUCCUCGAAGCAUUUCCUCAAGCAAUUAGAGUAUCGGUUUGCAACAUUUUUUCAUGGGUCGAAUAACUUGCGUUAUGAAACUAGGGACCUUGAACCAGAUCAGCUGAACGACAGGCUCCAUUUAAUCAGUGACAUUAAAUCUUCAACGAUGUCGAGUCUUGAAAGGGAUCAACUCGGUCAACGGGGACAUGGUGAUGCCGUGUGUUCCAACUUGUUACGUGGUCUCGACCAUCUGAAAGAUCCCAAAUUGAAUAAGGGAAUGGCAUUCACAAUUAAGGAGAGGCAGACAUUGAGUAUCCAUGGUCUAUUGCCAGCAGCGGUGAAAACUCAAGACGAACAACUAGAACUCUGUCGUUUGAAUCUGGAUUAUUAUGAGCAUGAUUUGUCAAAGCAUAUAUACCUCACAGGCUUACUGGAUAGAAAUGAGAAACUUUUCUUCCGUCUAUUGUCAGAAGAUUUGGAGAAGUUGAUGCCGCUAGUGUACACACCCACAGUGGGUCUGGCGUGUCAGAAAUUCGGUUUAAUUUAUAGAAGGCCACGAGGUCUGUUCAUAAGCAUACAUGACAAGGGCCACGUAUAUGACGUUAUGUGCAAUUGGCCUGAACAUGAUGUACGAGCUAUCGUUGUUACCGAUGGUGAAAGGAUAUUGGGCCUGGGUGACUUAGGAGCCCAAGGAAUGGGUAUACCAAUUGGAAAAUUAUGUUUGUAUACCGGCCUGGCUGGAAUCAAACCUCAUCAGUGCUUACCAAUUACCUUGGAUGUUGGUACGAAUAAUCAGGAUCUACUAGAGGAUCCUCUCUACAUUGGCCACAAGCAUAAACGUGUUACUGGUCAGGAAUAUGACGAAUUUCUGGACGAGUUUAUGCAGGCUGUCGUCAAAAGAUACGGACAGAACACUUUAAUUCAAUUUGAAGAUUUCGGGAACGCCAAUGCGUUCAGACUGCUCAAUAAAUAUCGCGAUCACUACUGCACUUUCAACGAUGAUAUCCAGGGAACUGCUUCAGUUGCUGUCGCUGGUUUGCUGGCAUCUCUUCGUCUAACGAAAACAAAGCUGUCGGAGAACACGAUUGUUUUUCAAGGUGCUGGAGAGGCUUCGUUGGGUAUUGCGUGGUUAUGCGUCAUGGCUAUGCAGAAAGAAGGUGUCAGCAAAGAAGCAGCCAAGAGCAAGAUCUGGAUGGUCGAUUCGAAAGGAUUGAUUGUUAAGAAUCGCCCAAGCGGUGGAUUAACGGAGCACAAACUGCACUUUGCCCGAGAUGACAAGCCGAUAGACACGUUGCUAGAAGUUGUGAAAAAGGCGAAACCAACGGUGCUGAUUGGUGCCGCGGCAGUUAGCGGUGCGUUUACCACCGAGAUAUUGGAGGAAAUGGCAAAUAACAAUGAGAAGCCUGUAAUUUUUGCUCUUAGCAAUCCAACAAGCAAGGCAGAAUGUACUGCCGAGCAAGCGUAUACCGCUACAAAGGGAAAAUGCAUAUUCGCCAGUGGUUCGCCGUUCCCGCCGGUAACAUACAAUGAAAAGACAUUCCAUCCUGGCCAGGGAAAUAACAGUUACAUUUUCCCUGGAGUAGCAUUGGGCGUUAUAUGCUGCUGUAUGCGCACCAUUCCUGAAGAUAUAUUCCUCGUUGCUGCCAAGACGUUGGCCGAUAUGGUUUCCGAAGAUGACCUGGAAAAAGGAAACUUGUACCCACCGCUGAAAGAUAUUAAGAAAUGUUCUUUGACGAUAGCCUGUGAGGUCAUGGAGUAUGGUUACAACACUGGCGCUCUAUAGUGUCUCGUGCUAACGAUCGUGCUGUGAUGCUCGUGGUCGAAUGUUGCGCUACCAAAGUCAAUGAGUCUAAUGUCUGUCCGUUUUACGCGCCUAAUGUCCCUCCGCUUAAAAAGAAGGAACUUCUUUUACAAACUUAA